UUACUGAUCUAUCCGAGUGAGGGUAUAAAAAAGCAAUUGCAUUUCAUGUUUUAGACCAUUCGUUCAGAUUCUAUUCUGUACUAACUUAUCACUUUCUCUCUUCUCUCCCUUAAAACUAAAGGCUAAAAUCCCCUAACUCAGAACACUAUCUCUGUCUUUCUUCCUCUCCAGAAGAAGAACCCAUAUCUCUCUGUUCCAGACAAGCUGAGAACAAUGGCGGCAGGGUUUUCCGUCGCCACCACCACAAGUACAAGAACAACAUUUCAUCAAAAACCCUUCAUGGGUUCUUCAAUACUACCUCCAUCUUCAUUUCUUUCAUUACCAAUUCGAAGUAAAUCGUGUAAGUUUUCUAAGAAAAAAAAGUCUCCAUUUACUGUUUAUUUCAUUUUAGAAGAGAAGAAACAAUCAGAAAUUAUUAGAAUUACUGAACAAAUCAAUAACAAUUUCCAAGAAUUAGAAACAAAUUCAUCAUCUUCUUCAACAUCAUCGUCUUCUUCUUCGUUGGAUUCUGAAGAACUGAAUAAAAUAUCGAUAAGAAUAGCAGAGAAAUUAGCAAGAAAACAAUCAGAAAGACAUACUUAUCUAAUUGCUGCAAUUAUGUCAACUCUUGGUAUCACUUCCAUGGCUAUUGCUUCUGUUUACUUGAGAUUUUCAUGGCAAAUGGAAGGUGGUGGUGAUAUUCCUGUUGCUGAAAUGUUUGGUACAUUUGCUUUAUCUGUUGGAGCUGCAGUGGGUAUGGAAUUCUGGGCCAGAUGGGCUCAUAGAGUUCUCUGGCAUGCUUCUUUAUGGCAUAUGCAUGAGUCUCAUCAUCAACCAAGAGAAGGUCCAUUUGAGCUGAAUGAUGUAUUUGCCAUUAUCAAUGCUGUUCCGGCCAUAGCUCUUCUGAAUUAUGGUUUCUUUCAUAAAGGUCUCUUUCCUGGUCUUUGCUUUGGAGCUGGGUUAGGAAUUACAGUGUUUGGCAUGGCCUAUAUGUUUGUACAUGAUGGUCUUGUCCACCGGCGAUUUCCGGUCGGACCUAUAGCUAAUGUUCCAUAUUUCCGGGAAGUUGCUGCCGCACAUAAAAUUCAUCACAUGGACAAAUUUAAUGGAGUUCCAUAUGGGUUGUUUCUUGGUCCUAAGGAGUUAGAGGAAGUAGGAGGAAUGGACGAAUUAGAGAAGGAAAUUCAACGUAGGAUUAAAUCAUCAAAAAACUCACAAUCUAGUUAGUAAUUAAUUGGUUGUAGUGUGGGGGGUGCAUUUUUGUUACAAUGUAAAAAAAUCAUGCAAAAAAUUUAGAGAGUUAAAUAAGAAAUAUAUGAUGAUAGUUGUCUUAUACAAUUCUCAUACAUGAUUGUUCAUAAGUUGAUCUUGGGCAGAUAUCUUCCCAGAUGUUUUUCUAAUAGAAUAACAUAGUUAUCAUUUUGAUUCAAAA